AUGGCACCUUCACUCUUUACCCUAGGCACGGCUGCCCUGGUCUUGGCUGGUGACGCUAUCGCCAAGCAGUUCGUCCUCGAUGACACAUACGACUCCACGAACUUCUUCGAUAAGUUUGACUUUUUCGAGAGCAAGUACGGCACGGGAGAUUAUAAUGACGUCGAUCUCACUUCGGGCUACAUCAACUACCGCACCCGUGUCGACGCCCAAAAGUUGGGCCUCAUCAGCAACGCCGACGGCGAGGUCUACGUGGGCCCUGAUGCCCACAACGUCACCGAGUUCCCCGGUGUUGGUCGUUCAAGUGUGAGACUCGAGAGCAAGGCAAUCUACAACAAGUCUCUUAUGGUCGCCCGCUUUUCUCAUCUUCCUAAGCCUGUCUGCGGUGCCUGGCCUGCUUUCUGGUCAUACGGUUCUCCGUGGCCUAAAAAAGGCGAACUUGACUUCUUCGAGGGCUGGAACAACGCGGCUGCCAAUAAGCCUGCUGCCCACACCUACCUCACAUCCGAACAGGGCCAGUGUGUCAUCAGUGAGACCGGGCAGACGGCCAAGGUCAACACACCCAACUGUGAUCAACAGGCUCCUGGCCAGUACACCAACGAGGGUUGUACGACUACAUCCACCUCUGCUGACCCUUGGGGCUCGUCCGAUGGUGGUAUCUAUGCUGUUGAGUGGACACACGACUACAUCAAGUUUUUUGCUUGGACUCAUUCCGCAGCUCCCAAGAACAUUGGCUCCGACUCGCCUGAUACCUCCUCUUGGGGAACUCCCUCCAUGCUCAUCGCCAAUGACAAGUGUAAUAUCAACAGCCACUUUGCCGACCAGAGACUCGUUCUGAACAUUGACUUCUGCGGUGUUCUCGCCGGCAAUGAGUACAUCUGGAAGGAUCAGUGCGCCGCGUCCACUGGUCACUCUGUCUGCUCGUCGUAUGUCGCGGCGAACCCCAGCGCCUACAAAGACACCUACUUCAAGAUCAAAGAUAUUCGUGUCUUCAAGGAGGGCAGCAAGGCAGUGACGAGUUCCGCAUCCUCUUCGUCUACCUCUACCUCGACUUCCAUCUCAACCUCCACCACGACAUCUGCCACAACGUCGUCUGCUUCGACAUCAUCCGCCUCGACAUCAUCCGCCUCGACCUCUUCCGCCUUGACCUCUUCGACAUCGUCUGCGGUCACGUCGACUACGAUCUCCUCGUCGGCAUCUGCUUCCGCCUCAACCUCAACGGGCGCCUCCAUCACUGCUUCUGCUAGCGGCUCGGUCACGGCAAAGGACACAUCUAUCAGCAACUCUGACUCCAAGACCGCCUCUGUUUCAGGCACCGCCUCUGCUUCAGGCACCGCCUCUGCUUCAGGCACCGCCUCUGCUUCAGGCACCGCCUCUGCCUCUGGCACCGCAUCUGCCUCUGGAACUGCCUCUGCUUCAGGCACCGCCUCUGCUUCAGGCACCGUAUCUGCCUCUGGAACUGCCUCUUCUUCUGGAACUACCUCUGGCUACGGCUCCAAGUCUGCCUCCGCCUUCAGCCCGAUUACCACAAGUGCCACUGGCACCAAGUCAGUCACCGCCAGCGCGUCCGGUUCCAUCUCCAUCAAGUCCAACAGCAAGUCCGAAGAGGAUGUCUGCACCGAGAGCGACGCCAUCAGCACCAAGACUGGUGUCACCAGCAAACAGACCCAGGCGGCUCCUACGACCACUCCUCCCGUCGAGCUCACGACUUCGACAGUUUACACCACUAAGGUGUCCACAAUCACCGCGUGCCCGUCCACCGUCACCGACUGCCCAGCCCGCCUCGGCAAGGUCACGACGCAGAUCAUCGCUUUGUACACCACAGUCUGCCCCGUCUCGUCUAUCCCUGCUCCCAAGCCCACCGAGCCGGUCAAGGGCAACGACAAGCCCAACGACAAGCCCAACCCUGGUCCUGGUCCUGCCCCUGGCGUCUCGACCACCACCUUCACCACCAUCUACACCAUCACCAAGUGCCCACCCUCUGUCACAAACUGCCCCGUCGGUAGCGUCACCACCAAGAUCGUCACGACAUCGGUUCCCUCCGCCGGCACCUCCGUGCCCAUCGUGACAAAGGUCGUCCCUACGGCCCCCUUGGGCCCUAACUCCGCCCCCAGCCUGACCAAGACUCUCUCCUCAGUCUCCCCAUCUGGCGUCCCUCCCAAGCCCAGCGCCCCCGGUGGUAACAAUUACGGCUCUGGCAACGGCAACGGUACUAUCCCCAAGCCGCCUCCCGGCUUCAACGCCACCGUCCCGGUGACCAAGCUUACCACCCUCACUGCCUCCAAGCCCGCGGGGACGGCCCCCGGUGCAUCAACAGCCAGCUACUCUAGCGCCAGCUACCCGACCAAACCGGCCGUCGUCGUCAACGCGGCCGUCCAGGCGGGCGCCAGCUUCCUGCUGAUAGCCAUCGGUGCCAUCGCCGCUUUGGCUCUGUAA